AUGGAGAGGGUCAAAACGCGCAAGCCACACAAGAAGUCAAGGAACGGCUGUCUUCCUUGCAAAGCCCGUCAUGUCAAGUGCGAUGAACAGCAACCGAACUGCGCAAACUGCGUGAAGCAAGGCACGCUGUGCGAGUAUCGAACAACGAAGAGUCGAGAAGGUUCAACAGGGUCACCUUUGCCUGUUACUUCGGCCUACACACCUUCAUCGACAGAAGGUGGGCUGUUCGAACCAGCUGUGCCAGACCUACCCAUCACACCGGCUCAUGACCCUACAGCCCUCAACGUUCUUCAACUGCGUCUUCUGCACCACUUCACGACUGUCACCGCUCAAACGCUUGGAGCCGAUCCGGAAGCCCAUGGAGUGUACGCCACAAUAGUACCGCAGACUGCCUUCAAGUAUCCUUUCCUCCUUCAUGUGUUGCUCGCUCUCGCCGCACUUCACCUCAGCCGACUGCAAGAGUCUAGUACGGAAGCUAUCGAGUACGCGCUUGUAGGAAGCAGACACCACGACGCUGCUCUCGCAAGCUUCCAGGCCACCGUGCGCGAUAUCGAUGAAAGUAACUUCAAAGCUGUUCUCAUGUUUGCAGGAGCUUUGUUCCCAUAUUCCUGUGCCAGCUCUAUCGACUCCAACCACGAUGUGGACCACGCUUUCGACAGCCUCCUCUCCAACUUCUUUUUAACUAGGAGAGUUCGACCAAUGGUUUCCAGCUUCUACAGCGCGAUGAAAGCCUCCGUAUUGGAGAAGCUAAUUCCCAAUGAUGUCCAAGGCAUUAACUGGCUCACACAAGAGCCACCGGAAGAGACCGAGCUUGUGCAGCUACGCAAAUUCGCUGAGGCUGUACAUCACCUUUACCCCCCAGACAUUGUCGAUACCUACGGCUAUGCAAUUCACAUCCUCGUCUUGACUUUUGCGGCUGCAGAGAAGUCACAUGAACCGCCUUCUGAUGCACUUCUCAAGAUCUGGAUCCACUUCGUCACUGAUCGAUACGUCGAACUGCUGUCAGAACGACAACCGGGCUCACUGAUCAUCUAUGCGCACUAUGCCGUUCUGCUAAAAAAGAGUAGCAACAGGUACUGGUACUUGGCUGGUGUCGCUGAGCAGAUACUCCGCGUUGCAGAAGCUCUGAUACCCGGGGAGUGGAGUGGCUGGUUGGACUGGCCAAAGGCACAGCUUCGAGGUGGUCAGAACGUCCUCACACCAGGAUGA